AUGAGCCUCCAAGAUUCCCAAAUUCCUACUGACCAUGGAGCUGAAACUUCUGGCUAUCAUGGAGCCCAAACUGCUAGUGACAAAGGCAUCCAAACUCCUGCUGCUGACGCUCACGGUGAUGACGCCAUUGCCGCCAUUGGCACCCAGGCUGCUGCCCAAGCCUCUAUGGAAAACUUACCCCAAGAGAAAGAGAUGAGUAGAAGCCAGGAUGAACCUCCUCACGAACUUGAGAACCAGUUUAUACUGCGUCUGCCUAUGGAACAUGCUUCCACUGUCAGAAAGAUGAUGCAUUCUGGAAGUUCCUCCAUGAAGAAUAAACUAAAAAUUGACUUCCUUUCUGACACACGUCGUGCGGUUGUUGAGGUAGGCAAUGUCUCACUAGCUGCUAAGAUGGUUGAUUUGCCUUGUGUUAUCGGAAGCCUAAAAACUCUGGAUAGAAAAACUUUUUAUAAAACGGCAGAUGUUUCCCAGAUGCUUGUGUGCACUGCUGAUGCUGAUGUUCACUCUUCUCCUGAAGAACCAGUAACCUCUACUGAUCCUAAAGCAAUCAGGAAAACUGAAAAGCAGAGACAGAAGAAAUAUACCUGGAAGCAUGGCAUUACUCCACCACUUAGGAAUGUCAGAAGGAGAAGGUUCCGCAAAACAACAAAAAAGCUUCCUGAUUUCAAACAAAUUGAAGAAAUGAACCUUUCUGAGCACAUUGAAUCUCCUGAUGUGGAAAAGGAAGUGAAAAGACUGCUGUGUGCAGAUGCCGAAGCUGUCAAUACCCGGUGGGAGGUCAUUGCUGACGAUGGAAAGAAAAUAGAAUGUCAAGGCUCCAUUCCUAGAAAUGCGAUAGCCUCAGGAAUGAAUGACUACAAGCAGGGUCAUACCUUACCAGAAUAUCAUGUGCUUCAGAAGAUGUGCAAUGAUUCUAGCAAUAACACUGAGGCUGUUGAUGAGAAGGAGGAGGACUGUGAUGAUGAAGAGGAGGAAGAUUAUUAUGAUGAGGAUAUAGAAAGGGAGCUACAGGCCAGGUUCAUUGACUAUGGCCACUAUGAGGCAAAGGAGGGAACCAGCUCAAUGGUCAUGGAAAUUCAGAAGCACACUCAAUGCACGGAGAAAAAGCUCAAUGACAUUCAGCGCCGGGCACAAAGACAGAAGGAGCUCAUCAGGAAAGUGGAAAACCUGACACUCAAGAAUAAUUUACAGUCUGUGCUGAAGCAGUUUAAGUUACAGGAAGAAGAAAAAACUGAGCGGCUCAUUUAUCUACAGGAAAAACUGAACUACUUCCCGAAGAAGUGA